AUGAGUAAUCCAAAGCUACCAUUAGGCCUCAACAACCCAAUUCCGGGGGGCCUUAAAGGUGAAACAACAAAAGCCGCCAAUGUAUUAGCAAGUUUCGUUAAGCCUAAUCAAGUAUUGGGUGCCGAUCAAAUCAUCCCUCCGGAUGUAUUAAGAAGAGCUAAGGGUCUAGCAAUAAUAACCGUUCUUAAAGCCGGAUUUUUAUUUUCAGGAAGAGCUGGCUCUGGAGUCAUUGUCGCUAGAUUGCAUGACGGAUCAUGGUCAGCUCCUGCGGCAAUUGGUAUGGCUGGUGCAGGUGCAGGUGGUCUAGUUGGUGUCGAGUUGACUGAUUUUGUUUUUAUUUUGAACACACAAGAGGCAGUUAAUUCAUUCACAGAGUUUGGGACCUUAACUUUGGGUGGUAAUGUCUCCGUUGCAGCUGGUCCCGUAGGUAGAAACGCCGAGGCAGAUGCCUCAGCAUCUAUGGGUGGGUUUGCCGCUGUGUUUGCAUAUUCAAAAAGUAAAGGUUUAUUCGCAGGAAUAUCUGUGGAAGGGUCUGUUAUCUUAGAAAGAAGAGAGGCUAACAGGAAGUUGUAUGGUGAUAAUUGUACAUCUCAACUAAUCUUAUCUGGGAAAGUGGAUCCCCCAUCAAUGGCACAUAAUUUAUAUAAAGUUUUGGAUUCAAAAGCAUUCAAUGGCGGAGUCAAUUCAAGUGAUUUUGAAGAUAGUGACUUUUAUGAUGAUAUACCAAGUAAUUUUAACUCUUCUGAUGAAGCUUCCUCUGAAUUCUAUAACAGGCAUGUAAGAAACGGAAGGGAUGACGGUUAUGACGAUGACGAAUAUAAUAACGGAUCGAGAGGUGCUGGCAAUGUUCCACUUUCAAGGUCCAAAUGGGGCCAUAGGUCACACAAUAAUAUGGAAACUGAAGGGGGGUAUGCAAGAAGAGGCAAUCCUAGAAGUCACCAUCAUUAUGAUUACGAUUCCAAUGAAGAUGAAGAUGACUAUAUAGGGUAUGAUAAUCGUCGGAGAACAAGCCGUAAACACACAAAUGUGGAAAAGCCGGUCGAAGAGAAUACUUCACCCUUUAAUGAGUUUGCAAAUGCAAACAAAAAUGGUAAGGGGGAAAACACAGAUCCAACUUCAGGUCAUGCCUCUAAUGAAGCAGUAGCUUUGUAUAGGUUUACCGGAGAACAAAAAGGUGACUUGAGUUUUCAAAAAGGUGAUAAGAUUACUAUUUUAAAGAGAACAGAAUCACAGAAUGAUUGGUGGAGUGGUAGAGUGAACGGUAAAGAGGGUAUAUUUCCGGCUAAUUAUGUUGAGUUAAUUUGA